AUGCAAUGGUCUACGUUCAAUAGUCUACGUCAAGCAGCCAGCCUAUAUCCAACAAUUUACGUCAAAAAGAUCCGGUCACGUCAAACAGUUUACGUCAAGCAACCAGUCUACAACAAUCUAUGUCAAGCAAUCAGUCUACAACAGUCUACGUCAAGCAACGAGUCUACGUCAAGCAAUCAGUCUACAACAGUCUACGUCAAGCAGCCAAUGUUUACGUCAAGCAGCCAGUCUAUAUCCAACAGUUUGCGUCAAAAAGAUCCGGUCACGUCAAAUAGAUCCAAUUUGCAUCAAACAGAUGCGAUGUUAUCACGACGAUAUUUGAUUUGCUAA